CGCGCGCUCAAUCGCCGCCGCGUUCUCCGCCUCGAAACCCUAGCUCUCCUCCUCUUCGUCGUUGUCCACCUCUUCCUUUCCAUGCCGCCUAGAAAGAGAGCUGCUGCCGCCGCCAGCAGAAAGCCGAACCAGGGCAACCAGCCAUCGCAGCCUUCCAAGUACGGGAUCCAGCACUUCUUCGAGCGACACUCCCAGUCCCAGGCUGCCGCUCCCUCGGUCGCAGCAGCGGGACCCUCAAAGCCUCACCCUGUUAGGAAUCCUAACCAUCCUUCUGCUAAUGGCCAGCUGCCGCAUUCGCCAGAUAAUGCCCCUGCCGAUGGUGGCGAAGAGUCGUCGCAGAUCUCUCCGUCGGUGGUAAAGUCGUCCGCUAAAAAGCGAUUUAAGUUCUCCCCUGGAAUGUUGAUAAAGCAAAGUCAAGAUGAUGGGGUAGACGAAGUUACUUGGAAGAUCUCUCCGGUCAAUGAACGACUUCGCUCGAUCUCCUCGAGACAGUUGUCUGGGAAAAUGAAAGGCUUCUGCGACACAUCGAGGCCACAAUUAUCCACCCUUCGUCCUUGCUCUUCGAAUCAGGAUCCUCGUUCUAAUAGCAAAUUCGAGAAGUGGAUUUGUUCCGAAUCAACUGUUACUAGUGAUAGACCCUUGGAAUUGUCAGAAAAUAUAUUUAAAGAAACAGAGGCAUUCCCCAGCCAGCAGAGCAAUGUCGAUUCUUCUGCAGUGGACUUCAAGAGACCUUUUAGAACUCCCCCAUCUAUGCCGUAUGAGUCCAAAGAGUUCAUUGGUAGUAGUGGAGAAAUGGAGCAGUUGGGUUCCCAGAAGUACCAGAAGACAUUACUGGAGCUUCUAGAUCAAGUUGAAGAUGCAAUCACCGAUGAACCAGUUCCAGGUAAUCAGAAGGAAUGUGAGCAUCGUCAUGCUACAAAUGCAAAAAAUCAGCCUGAACCCAGUGUUUCUGGCAGAAGCAUUGGAGGCAUGUCUAAAACAGAUCCAUCGUAUACACAUUAUGAUACUUUUCUGGUGCUCGAGGUAUCAGAAAAACAUAAGAGCAGUGAUCCCUUGUGCUGCCAAAGUCCUGUAAAGAUUAUUCGGUUGCUGAAUGAACAAAGUGGCCAGGAGAGGAUUUUGCAUCUAUGUGAUGAGUGGUUCUAUAGUGUCAUUGGACCUGGUGAUACUUUAAAUGUGGUUGGAGAGUUUGAUGAUGCAGGGAGAUGCACUGUUGAUCGUGUUAAAAAUCUUAUCAUUGUUCAUCCAGACAUACUCCUAUCUGGAACUCGGGUUGCCUCCAGUUUUACUUGUCCUAGACGAGCUGUGCUAGAUGAGAGGUUGAAGACUACUGAGCAUUCUUCUGUUGCAUUACUUGGUACCUUGCUUCAUCAACUCUUUCAGGCUGGACUUCUCAAGGAUUUGCCUUCUAGACAGUUCUUGGAGGAGUAUGCAGGAAUUAUCAUUCAGAGAAACAUUGAGGAUAUAUAUGCAUGUGGAGCCAAUGAGAAAGAUUUUUUCUCCAAGCUUAUAGAUGCAAUUCCAAGAAUAUUAAACUGGCUAACAUGUUUUAAAGAGAAAGAGGAAGGAAAUAGUGUGCCUAUUGAUUUUGGACAACUGGAUGGUGUGAAGGGUAUUUGCAUAAGUGAGGUUAUGGAUAUUGAAGAGAUGGCACAAGCCCCAACAUAUGGCAUGAAAGGAGUAAUUGAUGCUUCAGUCUGUGUAAAAGUUACUUCUAGCAAUGAUGAGUCAUAUGAAACAAUAAUGCCUUUGGAAUUCAAGACUGGUAAAAGAAACAAUGGUCAGGCUGCAAUGGAGCAUUCUGCCCAGGUGAUAUUGUACACUCUUUUGAUGUCUGAAAGAUAUUUGAAAAGGGAUAUCAAUAUUGGCCUUCUAUAUUACCUCCAGACAGAUCAGACAAGGGGUGUCAAAGUUCAACGAUCCGACUUAGUUGGACUAAUUAUGCGCCGCAAUGAACUAGCAACUGAUGUCCUAAAGGCUUCAAGAACACGGCACCUACCUUCAAUGCUACAGAAUCUAGCAUUGUGCAAAGUUUGUCGCCAUCUUAAUAUCUGCACAAUCUUUCAUAAGGCUUAUGGAGGUGAUUCUAAUAGCAGUGGACUUGGUGAUUUCUUUGAUGACCUUGUGGGCCACUUAACUGUUUCUCAUUCUAAUUUUCUUAAGCAUUGGGUUCGUUUGGUUGACUUGGAAGCUCAGGCAUCUAAGGUCAAUAAGAAAGAAAGGUUCUCUUCACAUACUCCAUGGGAUGAGAACAGUACCAGAAGCAGUUCUUACAUCCUUGUUGAUUUUAAGAACGAAUUUUCAGGCAGUAAUUCUUCUAGAAAUGACAGAUUCAAGUAUUGUUUUGUGCUGAAUGAACAGAAAGCUCGGGACCAAUAUGAUUUUUCUAAACUCAGAAUGAGUGAUCAUGGUUCCACACUUAAACGUGGUGAUCAUGUGGUGCUUAGCACAGAGUCUGGACAUCUUGCUGUUGCAACUGGAGUAAUAGAUGAUAUUGGUAAAUCACAUAUAUCUGUUUUUUUUUCUCGGCGAUUACGACUCCCAAUAUGUGAACAUUCACUAGAUCUAGGUCGUCUUGGUCAAGAAGUUUGGAGAAUCAAUAAGGAUGAAUUUGCUUCCUCUUUUACAACCAUGAGAUACAACCUUGCACUGUUGUUUGCUCAAAGUUUGCAAUUUGGACGUUUGAGGAAGAUGAUUGUCGAUCUUGAGGUACCUAGGUUUGAUAGUGAAGGAACAUUGAGUCAAGAUCCAGCACUGUCAUAUAUACGCUCACAAAAAAAUUUGAAUGAUGAUCAAAGGAGAGCCAUUCAAAAGAUUCUAGCUGCAAAGGAUUAUGCCCUUAUUUUAGGGAUGCCUGGCACUGGAAAGACAUCCACGAUGGUGCAUGCUGUGAAAGCACUACUGAUGAGAGGAUCUUCCAUAUUACUCACUUCAUACACAAAUUUAGCCAUUGAUACCUUGCUUAUCAAAUUAAAAAAUAAGGGCAUUGAUUUUGUGCGUAUCGGAAGACGUGAAGCAGUGCAUUCUGACAUUCUUGAGUAUUGCAUCCCAGCAGAGAACAUAGGCACUGUGAAUGACAUCAAAGAAAAGAUGGAACUCACUCGUGUAGUUGGAGUAACUUGCUUAGGAAUAAAUCAUCCAUUGCUUACGAAUAAGAAGUUCGACAUCUGCAUAAUAGAUGAGGCUGGGCAAACCACUCUUCCCAUUUCAUUGGGACCUUUGAUGCUUGCCUCAAGAUUUGUUUUAGUCGGAGAUCAUUACCAGCUUCCACCACUUGUUCAGAGCGUGGAAGCACGUGAAAAUGGAAUGUCCGUUAGCUUAUUUUGCAGGCUAUCGGAAACACAUCCUCAGGCAAUAUCAGCACUGCAGUGCCAGUAUCGAAUGUGCGCUGGUAUCAUGGAACUUUCAAAUGCAUUGAUAUACGGGAAUAGAUUACGGUGUGGUUCCUCUGAAGUUGCAGAUGCAAAGCUCAAAUUAUCUUGUAGUAAACCUGUCACAUUGUGGUUACAAGAGAUUCUGAAUGCAAACAAGCCAGUCAUCUUUGCAAGUACAGAUAUGCUUCCUGCUAACGAGGAAAGAGAAAAUACUAGUGUAGUAAAUUAUACAGAGGCAUACAUCGUAGCAGAGAUUACUAAAGAACUAAUAAAGAGAGGCAUUGCUGGAGAUGACAUUGGGAUCAUUAGUCCAUACAAUUCACAGGUCAAUAUUAUUCGGCAAAUUCUUGAUGCUUCUAUAGAGGUCCAGACUAUUGACAAAUAUCAGGUAAUGACAGGAAUCAGGAUUCAAGUUUGUAAGGCAGUUGUUUUAUAUCAUUCAUUAAUUUUCUCCCCCAAAAGUUCACAAUGUUUCAAUAAGGAAAUGGGUGCACAUUCUUUUUUCCUACUUCUGGAUCCUAUAUCAACGGUGACAUGUCUCUUAUAAAAUCUUGUGGUCUUACGUAGCAGUUAUUCUUUCACAGUAUUUUGUUUCUUUUAAGCUUAUAAUUUCUUUUACUUCCAAUACAAUUAGGAGAUGAUGAACUAUCAAUUUGUUUCAUUCAAAAUGUUCUUUGCUAGACUGGUUAAUGAGGUCAUUUUGACGAAGACUUCAUUCCAUGGCUCUUUCCAAAAUGUGUAUGGUUUGUUCCAUUAAUUAACACUAUGGUAUGAGCCGCAUGGAAGGGACAAGGAUUGCAUACUCUUAUCAUUUGUACGCUCUUUGAAAAACUCCGGAUCCUGCAUUUCUUCUUUACUUGGAGAGUGGCAUCGGAUAAAUGUUGCUAUCACACGUGCAAAGAAGAAACUUAUCAUGGUUGGAUCUCGCAAAACGCUGUCUAAAAUUCCAUUGUUAAAGUUACUGAUCGAGAAAGUAAGUGAGCAGGAUGGCAUUGUACAUCUUUCCAACAAUGAUAUUCCUUGCUCGGAGAAACUAAAGAAGUCCUGCAAUCCAAAAAGUGUACAGUAGGUGAAAUCAUGAUCACCACAUUGGUAAUCUUUGCUCUUUUGACAGAACAUUCCACAAGUAUGGAGAUAAAUUUUGAAGGGUCGGAGCAAAUUGGUAACAGAUUAAAAAUGGUCUCUUUCAACAAUUUUUUGUCUGGUGGUGGGGUUGAGUCAACUGUUCUUGCAAUUUUAACUGGCUUAAGCUCAAUAAUCAUGUUGACGGAGCCCAAUGUGUCUUCUCCAGCUCAGAUAACAGUCUUUGUCGAGAACAUUCGACGAGCAGCUCCUGCUAAAACCUCAAUAUAUAAUUUUCCCAACAUUGAAUUCUUCUUGUAUCUGUUUUGGGUCCAUCUGAGCACAACAUGAAAAGUAUCUAGUGAACGAUGGUAAUUGUCAAUAGCUAUAUAUCUUAGCUGAAUGGGUAUUUGGAAAUUUGCAAGUAAUUGCUAAUUAUUUACAAGUGAAACUAGUAUUUUAAAUUAAUGAAAUCAUUUGCCCUUCUUAA